UGUAUUGACCCAUAGACAUUCACAUAGAUGACUGGUGUUGUUUGGAAAGAUACUUUUAAAGUCUGGUAUAGAGCAUUUCAACAGUACAAUCUAUCCGUCAGGUUGUUCAAGAGAAUGUUGUCUUCUAAGGAUACUAAAAAUACAUCUCACUCUGUAGUGCCUAGAAGCAAUAUUCAAACAAUAGGAGUUGUAGGCUGUGGUCAGAUGGGAUCUGGAAUAGCUCUAGUUGCUGCACAAUAUGCUGAAGCUAAAGUAUUGUUGUAUGAUAGCAAUCCACAAGUGAGUGCCAAAGCGUUGGAAUACAUCAAUAGUCAAGUGGAAAAAGCUGUUCAAAAGAAUCAAGUCAAUAAGGAACAGUCUGCUUCCAUUCUACAAAGAAUAGGACCUGUAGGGAACUUGGAAGGGUUAAAAGACUGUGACUUUGUUAUCGAAGCAGUUUCUGAGAAUUUGUCCUUGAAAACGAACAUUUUCCAAAAACUGGCACAAAUAACCGCUGCUGAUGUUAUCCUUGCCUCUAAUACUUCUUCUAUUUCGAUUACGAAGAUUGCCUCAACUAUUCAGGAAUCGGGUCGAGAUGAUAAAGUUGUUGGUAUGCACUUUUUCAAUCCAGUUCCCGUGAUGGAUAUAGUAGAGUUGGUUGUUGGUCUAAGUACCAGUGCGGCUACUGUUCAAAUAACUCAAUCUUUGGCUCAAAAGAUGAAUAAGAAGGUUUCUGUUGUUCAAGACUCUCCUGGAUUUAUUUCCAAUAGAGUUCUUAUGCCUUAUAUCAACGAAGCCAUUUGUGCUCUUCAAGAAGGUCUUGCAAGUAAAGAAGAUAUCGAUCAGAUAAUGAAAUUAGGAACUCGUGUGCCUAUGGGACCUCUUACUUUGGCAGACUUUAUAGCCAAUUGGGAGAUGACAAAUAUCGACCCAGUUCUUUGUUGAUCAAAUAUGUCGAUGCCGGCAGACUUGGAA